AUGGCCACUCAACGUCACUACUACCAGCUUUCCACUUACCCCAUGAACAUGCCAUCCAAGGCACCGAUGCCGGCUAGCAUGUACCCCAUCUCGCGGGUGCCAGGCUCACCACCAGAUUAUUCUGAUGCAAGCACCACUGCUGGCAGCCGCACCUCUGGCGGUUUCACUUUCAGCUCCCCUGGCGGGAGCGCAGACUACGAGUCGAGCUCUGCCUCGUACUCCGGAGUCGAUGUCGUGGAUGUCUUGAGCGACCGCAUGCAAGAUGCGUUCGAUCCAACUCCACUGGACAAGGGUCUGGCCAAACAGGCGCAAACCUCCGGACACUUGAACGCAAAGCAGCGCGAGCUGCUAGAACUGCAAGCCCUAGCUCAGCGCCGCCUAAAGGGCGUUCGCGCGAACUUCGCAGAAGGAGUGAAGGUUGCACGAGAGACGAAGCGAGAUCUGGAAUGGACCCAGAAGCGUGUCAGCGCGCUGAAGAGCAAGGCCGAGAAGGCCCACCCGGAGGAAUACCGCCGGGCCGCGAAGAAGUACACCUACGACGAGUACUGA